AUGGGUGACAAGAAAUUGAGAGACAAGGUUGAGAAUGGCUGUAUGUUUGUAGCGAGACGAGCUGCCACGCUGGGAAACAUACUGUCUCCAAGUCUGUUGAAAGAGCCAUCUGUUAACAAUUCAUGGCUGACACAUGAGGGUUUGGAAGCAUCACAGGAAGACUGUACACUGAAAGCAGAAAGCAACACAGUUUAUGCGCAAUAUGACCAUACGGCCGUGCUAAACUGUACGUCCUGUACCAGAGGGACUUGGGAAUCAAGACUUCCGAAGAUUAGUACAAGUGAAGGACAAAACUGGUUUUCAGCUGAAGUACUUGUUAAUGACUGGGAAAUCAACAAUAUCAGUUGUUUAGAAGUAGAUAAUUAUGUGAAUUUUAAGCAAAUUCAAGUUAUAGCUUAUGCGGAACCUGAUUUGGUGACAAUAGACUUACAGAAAGAAAUGGAAGUAGGGACAACAUACAAUAUCACCUGCAAUGUUAAUAACGUGGCUCCUGUACAGGAUCUUAUGGUGAAAUGGACCAGAGAAGGGGAAGAGAUCAACACUAAAUCGUUUAAACAGGAGACCAAAAGGGGAAUAACUAAUGUUUCAGUGACACAUGAAAUUGUGGCUCAGCGAAGUGACAAUCUUCAGAACUUCUCCUGUAGUGCCUUACUAAAUGUGGAUAAAACACGCAUUACAUCUUCUAGUGCAACAAUUAGGACAUAUGAUUUAUCUGCAGAACCUCAGAUCCUCAUAAAAAAAUGGAUUCAGAAAGGAGAUACAGUGCCAGCAACAUGUAAAAUUACAGACACUUUCCCCGCUGAAAAUGUUAAAAUACAAAUAUUAUUUAAUAACGCUGAUGUCCUUGUGAGAACCGAGCAGGAAGCAAAUGGCACAGUGCUGGGACACGCAAAUCUAGAUAUGAAUCAUUCUGGAAUUUAUGAUGUUACAUGUCUUGCAAGCUUACAGGGCCUUUCAAAGAAAACCAAUGAGACUGUAAAUGUUUAUGAGCCCUUUGAAGUCUAUUUGAAUGUUUCCAAACCAACCACUUUGUACAAUGACUCUGUACUAGUAGAGUGUGCGCUAAUUAAAGGAAACGCAGAGCUGUACAAUAUAGAGAUCAGAGUAAAUGGGCAGAAGAAGUGUAAGGUUGGAGAUCGCCCAUUUGUCGGCUGUAAUGUUACAGCAGACAGACGAGUGCCCAUGGAAACCAUAGAAUGCGAAGCUCAUCUCAAAGGAGAUCCAGAUAUCAAGACAGUUGCAAAGAAAAAUGUUACUGUGCAUUAUCCUCCUGACAAACCAAGUAUACAAAUAAACCCCUCUACAAAUAUUAAAAAAGGAGAUACUGUCAACCUAACAUGUCAUGCAGAUGCCUAUCCCAAAGCAAGCUAUACUUGGGACUUCCCUACAGCUGACAUCAUUUACUCUGCAGAUCAAAGCACAAUUGUCAUUUCAAAAGCGACAUCUUCCAAUGAUGGAACCUACAUCUGCUAUGCUUCAAACCCGUUCGGGAUCUCACAAGAACAAAUUAUUAUAGAAGUAACUGAUGGUACUUUAUAUUGGACUUUAGUUGUGGUUGGUACCAAUUUAGGUAUUAUCCUCAUUACGAGUCUGGCAGUUUAUUACAUAUUGCAACAGUAUAAAAAGGGGACUUACAACUUACUGAAGUUUAAGCAAAAGAAAAAGAGCAAUGAGGAUAUUCCAAUGGACCCUUUUCCCAAAGAAACAAAUCAAGAAUGCUAAGAAGAAGCUGGGAAUAAGCCAAUUCAAGGACUUCUAUUUUUUUGUGACAUUUAGUUUCAGUUUGAUCUUGCCAUGGAAAAUGACAAUGUUGUUACUUCA